CCGAACGUGUAUAGAAAGCAACAGCGUAAGGAGAGACACCGCGAAAAAUACAGAAACGGCGUCGACCACCGGCGACCGUAACUGUACGGCUGUACGCCGACAGAAUUUUACCAGCAGAGAUCAAAUAAAAUGGAAGAACGCUUGGUUAAAUUGGAUAACUAUACUGAAGCUGUAACAUCCAAGAAACAACAGAGGAGUGAAUUAAAGUUUAAUGGAAGAACAGAUGCUUUAAACAUGAAGAUCACUACCCGAAUGAAGAGUGUUAAUGAGCGUGUUGAAGAUCGACCUAAGAACAUUUGUCUCAGCAAGCGUGCUCGAACAUCAGUGUCUGAAUUUCAGGCUGAAUGCCAGAUUAAUGGCCUAAAGAAGAAGCCUGUGGCAAUGGCAAAAGAUGUAAAUUUUCUCAAGGACAGUGACAGAGAAUCUGAUCAGUUUGAAAAGAUCCGUAGGCUGGCUGCAGUAGAAGAAGGAUGGGAUAAGAAAAUUAAAAGAAAACGUUCAAUAGGCACAAUUCUUUCAAGACCUAUUGACAGUGAUGAAGUGCCUAAAAGAGCUACACAUAACAGGGUUAUUGAUGAACGUGGUGUGCAACAAUAUGAUGCCCUCAUCUCCAGGUCCAAUAACUGUGAUGAUUCUUACACUACAUGUCCUAGUCCAUUGACAAAAAAGAAGGCUCUGAGGACUACACAAAUAGGGUGGGAGACUGCAAUGGCUAAGGAGAGACUUACUUUACAAGAAAGUGAUAACAAUCACAAACCUUCUUUGAGUCAAUGGGUUGGUCAAAGGCCACCAAAAUUGCCUAGAACAAGGAGAUCAAAUUCAAACCUGGUGUCUCCUGUCUCAAAUCAAGAUGACUGUUCACCUUCUAAUGGCCCCCAUAGAAAUGCAACAAAUGGUUCCUUGAAGUUAAUUCUUAAACUUGAUACUCUUCAAACUGAAGUUGAAGAAUCUGUUGGUGGUGAAAGGCCAACGAAGGGCAAAAUGGGAAAUAAUGAAGCUGAUGGAUUUCAUGUUCAGGAUAUUGGACCUUGUGCUACACUUGCAAGGAAGAAUAAAGCUUUUAUUAAUGAAGAAAGUGUGUUGAGAAAAGGGCGUAGUGCAAGAGGACUUUUGAUUUCAAGGUGUAGCAAGUCACCAAUGGGGAAUGAAUUAGAUAAGGCUGGUUGUAAGAAGAAUGACAGCAAGUCAGGUUGUCGAUUGAAAAGGCUUUCAGAAUACAAGGGCCUUUCCAGUGAUGCCCCUUUGCAAAAUAGUAGCUCAGCUUAUUCUACAGGGGAAUCUGAUGAUGAUCAGGAAAACAUGUUAUCAGCUGCAAGUCAUGCCCAUAUAGCUAGUUCAUGUUCAAGGCCAUUCUUGAAGAAGGUGGGAUCAUCAUUUACUCCCAUCAGUUCUGAGGAAAAGUCCUUAUUAUCCCAACAGUUGGGCCUUGAUGCACUUCCUUCUGAAGAAAGAAAAACACGUACGCCACAUCAGCAAACCGAGUCUUUGUUGAAGAAACAUGAUAUGGUUGAUGAAAGAUCUAAUGGGCAUACACCAUUUUAUCAAAGAGUAUUAUCAGCACUAAUUAUAGAAGAUGGCAAUGAGAUUGAUGGGCUUGAAGAAUGGGAUUCAAAAAAUAUACAAAUUCAGAAUUCUUUUUCUGAUACAUAUCGCCUCAAUGAUUCUGAGCCUAGAAAAAAGGCUAGGGUGGAAAAUAGUUGUGGUCAAAGUCUUGGUUUGACCAAGAAAUCUUUUACUGAAGAUGAGAUGUUGGGUGGGACCUCAAACUCAAAGUUCCAUGGGUGUGAGUAUGAAGAGAUGUCUUUAGAUGACAAGCUUCUACUUGAGCUCCAAUGCAUAGGCCUUUGUCCUGAUACACUGCCUGGGUUGGAGGAGAAUGAAGAUGAAAUGAUCCCACAUGAUGAAAAUGAGGCAGAUGAAGAUUUGGCCAUAAACAAAGCAAAAAUAUCAAACAGAGGAAAAAGCAAAAAACUACUACUCAACAACAUCUCCGGUGGGACAAGAGGAAAAAGAAGCGCCCGGGCCGCCACCAAACCACCACGUGCCCCAAAACCAAAGCCAAGUCAAAAGACAAAUCUACCCCCGACACACGUCAAUAAACACACAACUACCCCACCUCAUCAUCAUCCUACACAGCCGUCAACCAGCCAAUCAGCAAAUAACAACAAGAGAAGGGAUAUUGGAAGUGAAGAAAAUGACGUUACUACCCCUGUUGAGGAUUUAGUGCGGAUAGAUGAUGAAUUAGGGGAUCUUUCUUCUUUGUUGACAUUUGAUGAAGAAGAUCCACAAGUGGAUAUGGAUUUUGCAGCAGGGCUAGCUGUACCGGAUGAUGAUCUUACGGGGUUGUGUAUAUUUUGAUUGCGGUGGGUUCAACAAAUUAACUGCACAUACGGAUACGGAUACGGUGGUCAAACACUAACUCUCAUACCAUAAAAAGGUAUAAUACAAGAUUCUAUUAAUUUGGAUUUAUUAGUUGAUUUUUGAUAAUUUCUUACUUUGUUUAUGGAUAUGGAUCAUGGAUGGGAAUGGGAUGUAAUUAACUUUGCUUCUUUUUGUUUGCAAUGGAAAUCUCAAACCAAA